AUGUUAGCGGCAGAACAGGAAAACGCUCAGCUCAGAGAGGAACUGGUUAACCUCAAGGGGGAGAUGGAAAGAAUGGCACUUAUGAUGGAAACUAUGAUGGCUGAGAGAGAGCAAGCAGCAAUCUCCAAUUCAACUCCUGUUGUGGUUGUCACAGCUGCACCUGAGGGUCCCCCGCAACCAUCUCCGACUACUACUACAACUAUCGGCCUCACCCAGCCUCUGAUGACUGAUUUUUCUUCUGGUAAUAUGGCAACUAUGGGCAACUCAGGCUUCCGUCCUCUUGGCCCCCAGGGUCCCUUUGCUACUCCUCAGUAUUCCAUGCCUUCAGGCUACCCUUGGGGCAUGCCGAUUGCAACCAACGGGGGUUUUGGUCCAGGCGCUACUGAAACGCCUUUCGCACAGGGUCAACAGACUUCGGCACAUUUCCAGAUGAGUCAACCGAUUCCUCAAGCUACCAUGACUCAAGCAGGUCCUACUGUGCAUGUUGGGCCACAACAUGAAGAACAGAUUUAUCACUCCGACAGUAUAAUGGGGGAUGAUAAAGCAAUCGAUUGGGAAGAAAGGUUCGGUGCUCUAGAGAAGAAGAUGAGUAAUAUGCGGGGAAAGGAAGCAGUCGUCCAAAGCAUAUAUGACCUUUGCUUGGUACCAGAUGUAAACAUACCUCCAAAGUUCAAGAUGCCUGUAUUUGAGAAGUAUCAAGGGGACACAUGUCCACAAAAUCAUCUAACUAUGUAUAUUAGCAAGAUGAUAGCUUACAAGAAUAAUGUUCCCUUACUCAUUCACUGCUUCCAGGAUAGUUUGACUGGUCCGGCACAUACCUGGUUCAUGGGAUUGAAAGGAGUCACUACUUUUGAACAGUUGGCUGAGGCCUUCAUGCAACAGUACAAAUAUAAUACCUAUCUGGCGCCAAGUCGCAAGGAGUUGCAGUCCUUAACCCAGAAAGAUAAAGAAUCGUUCAAAGAAUACGCACAACGCUUCAUUCAAAAAGCUGCUCAGAUUCGUCCUCCCUUGGAUGAGAGGGAACUUUCAGAAUUGUUCUAUGAAACCCUGAGCCCUUGUUAUUCAGAAAAGAUGAUUGUCUGUGCAUCACAGAAGUUCACUGACUUGGUGGAAACAGGAAUGCGUAUCGAGGAGUGGGCUCGUAAGGGAGCAGCUGUUUCGGGAAGUUCUUCAGGUGGUUCUUCAGGAGUUUCGCCCAGUGGUAAUAAGAAAUUUGGAAAUGGUUACCCAAAGAGGAAUGUUCAAGAGGUUGGCAUGGUGGCUCAUGGAGGACCUCAGCCCGUGUACUCUAAUCAUCCCUUUGUUGCCAACAUCACCCCACAAAUGACCGCACCCCAGAACCCAAACUAUCAACCACCAAGACCUCAAGGGCCUUCAUUAUACUAUUCCCCACUAUAUCAACAACCAUAUAACCCACAACAACUCUCUCAACCACCCUACUAUCCUCAACAACCCUACUAUCCUCAACAACCAUACCAACAAAGGCCAUAUAACCCCCCACAACAACAACCCCGUCCUCAAGCUCCCUACAACCAGCAAAAUCAAAAACAACAAUUUGACCCCUUGCCAAUGACCUAUGGAGCAUUGCUCCCUUCUUUACUUGCACAGAAUCUGGUCCAAACAAUACCACCUCCUCGCAUUCCGGACCCUCUCCCACGCUGGUACCGUCCGGACCUUCAUUGUAUUUACCAUCAAGGGGCACCAGGCCACGAUGUGGAGCGUUGUUUUGCUCUUAAGAAAGAGGUUCAGAAACUGAUAAAUAGUAAAGAGUUAACCUUCACCGAUCCUGAUGCUGUAGCUCAGAACAAUCCUCUGCCUACUCAUGGGCCUGCUGUUAAUAUGAUUCAAGACGAUCGGGAAGAGGCUCGCAUUCUCUCUGUAGGUGAUAUCAAGACUCCUCUGGUACCGAUACAUGUGAAACUGUGUAAAGCAACUCUCUUCAACCACAAUCAUGGAGCUUGUGACAUAUGUUUGAUGGAUCCUCGUGGAUGUAUACAAGUCCAGAAUGAUAUGCAGGGUCUCCUAAAUAGAAGGGAACUUGUGGUUACAAGGGAACCCGAGAGCAAGGACGUCUGUGUUGUCACUCCGGUAUUCAGAGCCAGGAGGCCGCUGGUGAUAAACCCUAACAGUACAAAGCCCGUUGGUACUCCCUUGGUAAUCUGUGUGCCUAGGCCCACGCCUACUACUGCUCAGAAAGCUGUACCCUAUAAGUAUGAAGGCACGAUUCUUGAGCCCGGAAGUGAGACAACUUCACCUGUUGCUGUGGAUAAUAUCGCAGAGAAUAGCCGGAUUUUGAGGAGUGGCCGCAUCUUUCCUACGGUGGGUCCGAAGAGUGUUAGUGUUCCGGUCGAUGAGCCAGUAAAAGAGCGAAACGCCGGUAAAGGUAAAGCUGGGGAGCAGGCCAAAGAGUUUGACUUUGAGGAUGCCGAUGAAGUCUUGAAGCUGAUCAAGAAGAGUGAAUACAGGGUGGUGGACCAGCUGUUACAAACUCCUGCGAAGAUUUCCAUCAUGGCCCUGUUAUCAAGUUCUGGUGCUCAUCGGGAUGCCCUGAGGAAAGUAUUAGACCAGGCAUUUGUGGAUUAUGAUGUAACUCUGGGUCAAUUCGAAAGCAUUGUGGGGAAUGUGACCGCGUGUAACAGUCUGACUUUCAGUGAUGAAGAUCUCCCGGCGGAGGGGAAUAAGCAUAAUCAAGCAUUAUUCAUCUCUGUACUUUGCAGAACGGACUCGUUAUCCAACGUCCUGAUAGAUACCGGCUCUGCACUUAAUGUGAUGCCCAAGUCAACUUUCGACCAAUUGGCGUACUCCGAGGCUCCUUUGAGACUUAGCAAGGUGACGGUGAGGGCCUUCGAUGGGACUAGGAGAUCGGUGUAUGGUGAGGUAGAUUUGCCAAUUUCGGUCGGCCCACAUGAAUUUCAGGUUACUUUCCAAGUCAUGGAAAUCCAGGCUUCUUUCAGCUGUUUGCUCGGCAGACCUUGGAUUCAUGACGCUGGGGCUGUGACAUCUACUCUCCAUCAGAAAUUGAAGUUUGUAAGUCGUGGAAAGUUGAUCACUGUGAGUGGCGAGUCGGCCUUUUUAAUCAGCAAUUUGUCUGCUUUCUCUGUUAUCGGUGGUAGUGGUUCAGACGGGCCAUCAUUCCAAGGAUUCUCUGCCGAAGAAAGUGUCGGUAAGAUUGAGACUUGUAUGGCUUCGUUGAAGGAUGCCCGGAGAGUAAUUCAGGAAGGCAAAACCGAAGGCUGGGGUCAGCUAGUGGAGUUGCCAGAAAACAAGCGUAAGGAGGGAAUUGGUUUCCUUAACAGUAAGCCUGGGAUGUUCGACCCUACCAGAGGUUCUUUCCACAGUGCUGGUUUCAUUCAUGAUUCACCAGAGACCAAUGCAAUUUUAGAUGAUGCACCUAGAGGAGUGACACCGGUCUUUGUGACGCCUGGAGGAGCUUGCUGCAACUGGAUUGCUGUUGACAUUCCUUCUGUGACACCCCGCUCUAAACUGAACAUAAGUGAAUCCGUUGAACACAGUGACCCCAUGCUUUCUCCCAACUUUGAGGUCCCAGUUUACGAGGCUGUGGCAGAGGAGGAUGAGGAGAUCCCGAAUGAGAUCAAAUGGAUGUUGGAACAAGAAAGGAAGACAAUUCAACCUCAUCAGGAGGAGAUAGAAAUCAUCAAUCUGGGUACUGAGGAAGACAAGAAAGAAAUCAAGAUUGGGGCAUCGUUGGAUGUAUCUGUCAAGGAAAGAGUAAUUGAGCUUAUCAGAGAAUAUGUUGAUAUAUUCGCAUGGUCAUACAAAGACAUGCCGGGUCUAGACCCUGAUGUCGUUGAACACAGACUACCUUUGAAGCCUGAGUGUCCUCCGAUUGAUGCAGGUUUCCUAGUCACAUCAGAGUAUCCUCAAUGGUUGGCCAACAUAGUGCCUGUUCCAAAGAAAGAUGGUAAAGUCAGAAUGUGUGUUGAUUAUCGGGACUUGAACAAGGCUAGUCCGAAGGAUAAUUUUCCUUUGCCUCACAUUGAUGUAUUGGUUGAUAACACUGCUAAGUGCAAGGUUUUCUCCUUCAUGGACGGUUUCUCCGGCUACAAUCAGAUCAGGAUGGCUCCUGAGGAUAGAGAAAAGACGUCUUUCAUCACGCCCUGGGGUGCUUUCUGCUAUGUGGUGAUGCCAUUUGGUUUGAUAAAUGCUGGUGCCACUUACCAAAGGGGCUUUAUCGUCAGUCAAAAGGGUAUUGAAGUUGAUCCCGACAAGGUCAGAGCCAUCAGAGAAAUGCCUGUUCCAAAGACAGAGAAGCAAGUCAGAGGUUUUCUUGGUAGACUCAAUUAUAUCUCCAGAUUUAUCUCUCACAUGACCGCCACAUGUGGACCAAUUUUCAAGUUACUCCGCAAGGAUCAAGGGGUGAAGUGGAAUGAUGAUUGUCAGAAGGCUUUUGAUCAAAUCAAAGAAUAUCUGUUAGAACCUCCAAUUCUUGUUCCUCCAGUUGACGGAAGACCUUUGAUCAUGUAUUUAACAGUACUAGAAGAUUCCAUGGGCUGUGUUUUGGGUCAACAAGACGAAACCGGAAAGAAAGAGCACGCUAUCUACUAUUUGAGUAAGAAGUUCACUGAUUGUGAGUCCCGAUAUUCUGUACUUGAGAAAACUUGUUGUGCUUUAACUUGGGCUGCCAAGCGUCUCCGUCAUUAUAUGAUUAAUCAUACAACUUGGUUGAUAUCCAAGAUGGAUCCUAUCAAGUACAUAUUUGAGAAGCCAGCUUUAACUGGAAGGAUUGCUCGCUGGCAGAUGUUAUUGUCCGAGUAUGAUAUCGAGUAUCGCACUCAGAAAGCAGUCAAAGGUAGCAUCUUGGCAGAACAUUUGGCUCAUCAACCAAUCGAAGACUAUCAACCAAUCAAAUUCGACUUCCCAGAUGAAGAGGUUAUGUAUCUAAAAGCAAAAGAUUGUGACGAACCAGUGUUCGGUGAAGGUCCUGAUCCUGAAUCCGAAUGGGGUUUGAUAUUUGAUGGAGCUGUUAAUGUCUAUGGAAGUGGAAUUGGUGCGGUGCUCAUUACCCCUAAGGGUACUCACAUCCCUUUUACUGCGAGGUUACGUUUUGAUUGCACAAACAACAUCGCAGAGUACGAAGCUUGCAUCAUGGGUAUCGAGGAAGCCAUCGAUUUGAGGAUCAAGAAAAUUGUCAUUUAUGGAGAUUCCGCUCUUGUGAUUAACCAGAUCAAAGGAGAAUGGGAAACUCGUCAUCCUGGUUUGAUUCCCUACAGAGAUUAUGCGAGACGAUUGCUGACUUUCUUCAACAAAGUAGAGUUACACCAUGUGCCCCGUGAUGAGAAUCAAAUGGCGGAUGCUUUAGCUACUCUAUCCUCAAUGAUCAAUGUGAAUGGUCACAAUACUGUGCCAGUAAUCAAUGUCCAAUUUCUCGACCGACCUGCUUAUGUGUUUGUAGCUGAAGCAAUUGAUGAUGACAAGCCAUGGUAUCAUGAUAUCCAAGUUUUCCUUCAAACUCAAAAGUACCCACCUGGGGCAUCCAACAAGGACAAGAAAACAUUGAGAAAAUUGUCAAGCCGUUUCUUCCUUAACGAAGACGUUUUGUAUAAAAGGAACUUUGAUAGGGUCCUACUUAGAUGUGUGGAUAAGCAUGAAGCAGAAAAAUUGAUGUGCGAGAUUCAUGAAGGCUCUUUCGGAACUCACUCAUGUGGGCACGCCAUGGCGAAGAAGAUAUUGAGAGCUGGGUACUACUGGAUAACAAUGCACGCUGAUUGCUACAAUCAUGCCAAGAGAUGCCACAAAUGUCAAAUCUAUGCUGACAAGAUUCAUAUACCACCAUCUAUGCUCAAUGUCAUCUCUUCCCCGUGGCCCUUCUCUAUGUGGGGCAUUGACAUGAUUGGUCGGAUUGAACCAAAGGCUUCCAAUGGGCAUCGCUUCAUAUUAGUGGCUAUCGAUUAUUUCACCAAAAUCAUCACAGACAAUGGCACAAAUCUGAAUAACAACAUGAUGAAAGAGUUGUGCGAUGACUUCAAGAUUCAACAUCACAAUUCUUCUCCUUACAGACCACAGAUGAAUGGGGCAGUUGAAGCUGCAAACAAGAACAUCAAGAAGAUCAUACAGAAGAUGGUAGUUACUUAUAAGGACUGGCAUGAAAUGUUACCCUACGCUUUGUAUGGAUACCGUACCUCAGUGCGAACCUCGACAGGGGCAACCCCUUUCUCUUUGGUAUAUGGUAUGGAGGCUGUACUACCAGUAGAGGUUGAGAUUCCUUCUUUAAGAGUCUUGAUGGAAGCUGAUUUGUCUGAAGCUGAAUGGUGCCAGAGCAGCAGAAGGCCAAAAAUACGCCAUUUAAACAUUCCAUUGCGGACUAUGGCACCACCGCCGUGGUUUACUCUUCACAAAUUGCCUAUGAGCAACAGUGAUGAUGAUCCUCCUAAAAAUGAAGAGUCGACAGAUGUUGGUGAAUUGGUGAAUGAUCCUGCACAGACCGCUUUGAGUCCCAUUGAGACUGUUUUAAGCAGUGUUCGCAAGCUUUUGGAGUGUCCUUGUUCAAAUUGUCACACUAUAUGUUCAGGUUGCAAACCUAAAGUACAUAACAGGUGCCCUACUUGUUGUAGCCACAAUCUGGGAAAUAUUAGAUGUAUAGCACUAGAGAAGGUGGCUGCAUCUUUUGAACUCCCCUGUAAAUACAUAGGUUUUCGUGUUCAAGCUGAAGUUUCUGAAAAUUGGCCAAUGCAAGAGGGUGAAGCUCAGGAUGCAGGGUUGUCUGGUCAAGCUCCAAGCUGGAUGCAAGGACUUGAAGAUAGGAUUUUUCAUAGGAUUGUUCAGCGCAACGAGAACAAGGUGUACAUCGAGAUGGAAAAGGUGAACGAUGAGAUAGAAAAGAUGAAGGAUAGGAUAAAAACGACAUUCCAUGCAAAGUUGAAGGAUGGGAUAACAAAGAUGGUUCAGGAAAUGGUGAAGGAUGGGAGAGUAAAGAUGGUCCAAGCAAAGGUGAAGGAUUAG